UAAAGGUUGUGGAGAGAACACGUACUGCAACGAUGCUGUGUGCAGCUAGUGGCUUUCCUGACCCAGAGAUCUACUGGUUCAAAGACUUUCUUCCUGUGGACAUCGGCAGCAGCAAUGGGCGCAUAAAACAGCUGCGUUCAGGUGGUACACCAAUCAGAGGAGCACUUCAGAUUGAGAACAGCGAGGAGUCAGACCAGGGCAAGUACGAGUGUGUGGCAGUCAACGGUGCCGGGACUCGCUACUCGGCUCCGGCUAACCUGUAUGUUCGAGAUCAACGGGAAGUUCGUCGUGUGCCUCCCCGUUUCUCCAUCCCCCCCACAAAUCAUGAGGUGAUGCCUGGCGGCAGUGUCAACCUGACCUGCGUGGCUGUCGGCGCUCCCAUGCCUUAUAUCAAGUGGAUGACUGGUGAGGCGGAGCUGACCCGAGAGGAGGAGAUGCCCAUCGGCCGCAAUGUCCUGGAGCUUACCAACAUCCGCCAGUCUGCCAACUACACCUGCAUGGCCAUAUCCUCCCUAGGCAUGAUCGAGACCACGGCACAGAUCACUGUCAAAGCACUGCCUAAGCCACCCACCUCCCUCAUUGUGACAGAAACCACAGCAACCAGUGUCACCCUGACCUGGGACUCUGGCAACCCAGAACCUGUGUCCUACUAUGUGAUCCAGUACCGUGCCAAACUGUCUGACAACGGUUUCCAGGAAGUAGAUGGAGUAGCCACCACCCGAUACAGCAUAGGCGGACUCAGCCCCUUUUCCGAAUACGAGUUUCGUGUCAUGGCUGUCAACAACAUUGGCCGGGGCCCCCCAAGUGGUAUUGUGGACACCCGUACAAGUGAGCAAGCACCCUCAUCACCUCCUCUUCACGUCCAGGCACGCAUGCUGAGUUCCAGCACCAUGCUUGUCCAGUGGGAACCUCCAGAGGAGCCCAACGGCCAAAUCCGGGGCUACAGGGUCUACUACAGCUCUGCGUAUGAUUCCCCACUCAACAAAUGGCAGAAACACAACACAGAUGACAGCCAGCUCACCACCAUCUCUGGUCUUACCACAGACAUCACCUACAGCCUGAGAGUGCUGGGCUUCACCUCAGUGGGAGACGGGCCUCCCUCUGAUGUUCUCCAGAUCAAGACCCAGCAAGGAGUUCCAGCUCAACUAUCUGGUUUUGAGGCAGAGGCUGAGCUGGAUUCACGCAUCAUGCUAUCAUGGCUCUGGCCUGUCCAAGAUCCUAUCAUCAGCUUUGAACUGCUCUACUGGGAGGUGAACAAUCCCACAGACAAGCAUCGUGUCACUUUCAACCCUGCAGGCUCCUAUGCAGUUGAUGGUCUCAAGUCAGAUACACUCUACAUGUUUUCCCUGGCAGCACGAUCUGAGAUGGGUUUAGGAGUCUUUACUCAGGCUAUUGAGGGCAGGACUGCCCAAUCCUUGCCUGGAGCUCCUCCCAGGAAGGUGGAGGUGGAUGCCCUCAACUCCACUGCCCUCAGGGUGACCUGGAAGUCUCCCUUGUCUGUGAAGCAGCAUGGCCAGAUCAGAGGCUACCAGCUGGUCUACUCCAGGUUAGAGAAUGGGGACCCUCAUGGCCAGCCGAUCAUCAUGGAUGUUUCUCAUCCUGAAGCCCAGGAGGCCAUUAUAACAGGUCUGCUCCCAGAGACUACCUACUCUUUGACUGUGGCUGCAUAUACUACCAAAGGUGAUGGAGCUCGCAGCAAGGCCAAGAUGGUCACCACCACAGGGGCAGUGCCUGGUAAGCCCACUAUGAUGAUCAGCACCACCAUAGGGAACACUGCCCUUAUCCAGUGGCAGCCACCUAAGGAGAUGGUGGGGGAGCAUGUUGGGUACCAGCUGCAAUACAAGAGAGCAGAGGAGGAAGCUUUCACUAUCAAAGACUUCAGAAAGAUAGAUGAUCAUUUCACAGUUACAGGCCUCCACAGAGGAGGGACCUACAUCUUCAAACUGUGUGCCAAAAACCGAGCAGGCAAUGGGGAGGAAUAUAUGAAGGAGAUCAGCAUCCCUGAAGAUAUUCCCAGCAGCUACCCCCAGAAUCUGAGUGUGGUAGGCCUGACUGCCACCUCCACCCAGCUGGCCUGGGACCCCCCUCUUCUGGCUGAGAGGAAUGGAAAGAUUGUGAAGUACAUGGUGGUGUAUCGGGAUAUCAAUAGCCAGCACAACAACACAAACCAUACCACAGGAACACAGAUGACCAUCCAAGGUUUACAGCCUGACAUAACCUACGACAUCAGAGUCCAAGCCUUCACCAGUAAGGGGGGGGGUCCCAUCAGCCCCAGCAUCCAGAUCAGGACCAUGUCCACCUCUAUGCCAGACCUUCCCCCAGUGUUCACCAAGAACUUUGGUGUGAAGGCUGUGAUGAAAACCUCAGUCCUGCUGACCUGGGAAGUGCCAGAAACCUACAAAUCUCAAGUGCCUCUUAAGAUCCUGUACAACCAGCAGAGUGUGGAGGUUCAAGGCAACCUGAAGAGGAAGCUAAUCACACAACUGCAACCAGAUACUGAUUAUUCUUUUGUGCUGAUGAGCCGGGGGAACAGUGCUGGCGGCCUCCAGCAGCAGGUUUCCAUUCGAACAGCUCCAGACCUGCUGAAGAUGAAACCUGUUUGAUACCAACACGAUGAGGAGGGUGGUAAAGUGACCAUCAGUCUGC